CGAUCACAAAAACAUCAUGGGACUAUUAGAUGAACUAGAUAGGCUGGGUACAGAUCAAAAUGGUACGUCAAAACCAUCGAUAGCAGGUCCGUCCAGAAGCAGAGAAGGAGGAACAAAUGCUCAUCACAACAAAGAUCGAAAAAGUGCGUCUCUACAAAGGAACAGAGCACAAGUAAGAUCGGAUCAUUCGGAAGAUGACGAGAGUAUAGCACCAGUAGUAUUGAAUCACACCGAAGAUGAAGGAGAUCAAAACGCCGAAGCGCGAAUGGCCAACAUGAGCAUAGACGAGCUGCGAGAACAAAUAAACAAAUACGGCCUAAGGCUUUCAAAAAGUCGAAAAGUGAUGAUUGAACAACUACAAAGUGUCUAUCGAGCAAUACGACAAGCAAAGGCAGUAAAAGACACUCAAGUGGGAGAUACAUCAUCUUUGUUCUCAUCCGAUCGUGAUGAAAGUGGGGAAGACAAUGAUGAUGAUGAGGAAGAGGAAAGUGAUGAUGAACCAUUAGCCAGGCAAGCAACGACAAAAAAAGCAGCCGCUUUGGGAAACAUACCUAAAGGAAACGGCGCAUUUGAGGCAAACGUGCCUGCGGUAAUUUCACAACAAUUACACGAUGCACUCAUGUCAGACGAAAAUCUUUACAGGCGAAUUUUACUUUUUGAACCUGUUCCUUUUGAAGAAGUAAGCGCUUUAGCCAAAAAAGCAGGCGUUCAAGGUUUACGAUCGAAAGAAAUCCUAAGGAAUUGGUUAGACGUUCAAUGCAUUUGCUUUUAUUCUGGCGAAUUGACUGGUCAACGUCAUAGGUAUUAGUCCAAAUCUUCCUAUGUGUAUUUCUAUUAUGAUAUCGUAUGCUAAUUUACAAAAAUGCUAAUGCUACUGUAC